CAAUAAAGCCUAUACAUUUUGUGGGAGUAAUCUGGGCGACCUGUCAAAAUCGGAAGUCUUUUUUUUUUUUCUCCAUUUCCCUCUGUUCUCGCUGUUUGGAAGCUCCUCUACCCGAUUCCCAAUGGCCGAGGUUGAACUCAAAACAGCACCAGCUGAUUUCCGAUUCCCUACAACAAACCAAACCAGACACUGUUUCACACGAUACAUAGAGUUUCAUAGGUGUUUAGCGGCAAAGGGGGAUGAGUCAAGUGAAUGUGAAAAAUUUGCUAGAUACUAUCGCUCCCUCUGCCCUGGUGAAUGGGUUGACAGGUGGAAUGAGCAAAGGGAGGGUGGGACUUUCCCAGGUCCUCUUUGAUCAUUUGUCGUUGUUGGAUAUUUUCUGGUGUGGGGAACUUUGCUUAGCAUCUGUUGAUUGUUCGUAGCUAGUCACGCGGGUUUCUGUUGAAGCCUAAUGGGUUAAUAAGGCACCAAAGGAUUGAUUUUUCUUAUUUUGUUUUUUAGUUUUAUCCAACAUUUAUGAUGUCAUAAUUCUGUAUGAAGAACUUGCAGCUCCAUGUUGGCUUCUUUCUGAUAAUUCAAUUUAUUAUCUGUUUUGAGCAGGCA